ACUUCCAACUUUAGCUUCAGCUAUCUCACUAACCAAACUGUGACAAGUCUGAAUAUGGCGAUCUCAAGUUGUUCAUCAAUCUUCAUAUCCAAAUUGGAUUUCCCUGUUUCAUGUUCACAAAGCAUAACCAACAAAAUAUCAAUUAGUUCAAUUCCUUUUCUUAGAAAAUCUGUUAGUACUAAGAAGUUUUUUAUUUCCAUUAAGACUCCAAAAUCUUGUAGCUAUAUAUCCAAUUCACUUGUAAAUGACUAUUCAAUUGAUGAAACAUCUAAAGAAAGCACAACCCAAGUUCCCAUUGAAGUCAAAACCAGUAUGUGGAACUGGAGGGGCUAUUCCAUUCGAUACCAGUAUUGUGGCAACAGUGGCCCUGCGCUCAUUUUAGUCCAUGGUUUUGGAGCAAACAGUGACCAUUGGAGAAAAAAUCUACCUGUUCUUGCACAAUCACAUCGGGUGUUCUCUAUUGACCUUAUUGGUUAUGGCUAUUCAGACAAACCAAAUCCUCGUGAGCUUGAUGUAGACAACUUUUAUACCUUUGAAACAUGGGGUUGCCAGCUAAACGAUUUUUGUAAGGAUGUUAUCAGAGAUAAAGCCUUCUUCAUUUGCAAUUCCAUUGGAGGACUUGUCGGUCUUCAGGCUGCAGUUAUGGAACCACAACUCUGUAGAGGCAUUCUUCUUUUAAAUAUCUCGCUCCGAAUGCUGCAUAUAACAAAGCAGCCUUGGUUCGGAAGAUCACUGAUUAAAGCAUUUCAGAAUUUAUUGAGAAAUACUGCAGUUGGGAAAUUCUUUUUCAAAAGUGUUGCUACGCCUGAAUCAGUGAAGAAUAUUCUAUGUCAGUGUUACUAUGACACAUCCCAGGUGACAGAUGAGUUAGUACAGGCCAUCCUUCUUCCAGGGCUCGAGCCUGGUGCUGUCGAUGUGUUUCUUGAGUUCAUUUGCUAUUCAGGGGGUCCUCUUCCUGAGGAACUACUGCCUCAAGUAAAGUGCCCUGUUCUGGUGGCGUGGGGUGACAAGGAUCCUUGGGAGCCAAUAGAACUUGGAAGAGCCUACGGCAAAUUUGAUACAGUUGAAGAUUUCGUUGUCCUCCCUAAUGUUGGCCAUUGUCCUCAGGAUGAGGCACCUCAUCUUGUGAACCCACUGGUGGAAUCAUUUGUUGCCCGCCAUGCCAACGUUGCGAACUGAGUCGCUGAGCCUGUAGUCUUGCUGUUUACAUCAAAAUAUACACGUUUGUUCUCGAUCCAAGGACGACAAAGGUUGCUAGUCGAGAAAGACUGAAAGAAGUAUAUGGGGAGAAGAAGGAAAAAGUGAGACAUAGUUUACUCAGUUCAUGUGUAUGUAAAUAGGUACAAUAUUUCUAGUUUUCUCUAUAUGAUGCAGGUCCUUGAGCCUCAAUAUUUUUUCGAAUAUAACGUUGUUGGUCUCGAAACCAUUCUAUAGAACUUGUUUUCUUUUUAUGUGAGUUCGAGUCACUCCAAGAGUAAGGUGAGGAGUUCUUGGAAGAAGGGAGCCGAGGGUCUAUCAGAAACAGUCUCUUUGCCUCAGGUUAGGGAUAAGGUCUGCAUACACACUACCCUCCCCAGACCCCACUAGUGAGAUUAUACUGGGUAGUUGUUAUUGUUGUAGUUGUUGUAUGUACUUCCUAUUACAUAGCUAACACAACAUGUAAAUCGUAGUGCUCCCUUUCAACCAUUCGUUUUGGUUC